AAAAUGCAUACAAUUGGAUUACCUCGAACCUGUUUAGGAUUUACAAAUAUAUUGUUUUUUCUGUUCGGAGUUGUGACUUGUGCGGUAUGCGUAUGGUGUGUCAUAAACACGGACUUCUUCCGUGAAGUAAACUACACGGUGACAAAGAGUUCUCUCGUAUCAACCAUAGCGAACUUCGUCAACCUAAAACUAUGGUUCACUCCAAUGACCUCUAUUCUGAUACCAAUAGCUAUUUUAACUGUGCUGACGUCAUGUUGUGGAAUCCUCGGCGCUGGUUGUAAAAUGAAAUGUGCUAUAAAAUCUUACAUAUUUCUUGUAACUGUGCUAUCGUCAACAGCUUUCUGGUUAUUCUUUAUAUCCUGCAUGUAUAACAUUUACACGAAUAAUGAGAAGACUCGUGUAUUUAUGCAAUCGACUAUUAAGACGAAUUACGGCAAAGAAAAUGACCUUAUAACCCAAACGUGGAACUAUAUCAUGAUAAACUACGAGUGUUGCGGUGCCGUCGAUUAUACAGAUUUUAUUGAUUCUAAAUGGCACCAAGCUAAUUUGGAUAAACUGUAUCCUGUUCAAUGUUGCAAGUUGAUUAAUAAGGCGAGCUUAGUGCCGAUAUCUCCGGAAUGUCCGACAUCACACAGUCCAGACGUGCAAACGAAUAAAAAUCGAAGUUGUUUUAAAGCUUUACGAGAUUCAAUCGCUGCGACUAAAGGAAAGAUAUUUUUCUAUAUAAUACUUUUAGCCCUCGGUUAUACGAUUUUGGUACUUUUUGCUUAUUGUAUAAUAAGAGGAGAGCCCUUGAUUGGUGCUGUAGCUGGAAACCUUAGUGCUCUUUUACCAAAACGUCCGGAGAAACUGGAUCCAGGAAUUCCAUCUAAUUCGUCUCUAGAUAACAUGCUGUUUGUGGCAGAUCCACCGAAAAAAGUCGUCAGGGUCGUGUCUGCUGUUAAUCCGCUUCAAACGUAUAAGUUCACGCCAGAUGCGUAUGCUAGGGACGCAAUGUAUACGCAUAACAUUAAAUCACAAUUUAAAUAAAA